UUAAACCAAUUUAAAAGUAUCAUUCUUAAUGUUUUAUAUACGUUAAAUCUAAAAAUAAUUAAUAUAUAUAUAAGUAUAUAAAUCUAUUUUUAGAUAAAUUUGGGUACCCGAAUACUUCGGUUCGGAUCAGAUUUGGUUCUAUAAAUAACAAAAUUUUGAAUAAUUCGAAUAUUUAAUCAAUUUAUGUUCGGGUUUGGUACUAUAUUUUCGGAUCGGUAUCGGUUCUGUUCCUUGGAUUCAUUUUGUAAAACCCUAAUAAUUACAUAAAAAACAAAUAUCAACAUAUUUUUCAAAAUAUACAUCUGCGCACCUGCGCGGGUCAAAAUCUAGUUAUUUAUUAAAACUAAUGACUGAGCCUAAAUUAAAUCAUGGAAUAUGACAAAGAAUUUCUAAAAUUAAUAAAACAUGAAAAUAAUAAAAAUAACCUAAACUUAUGGAGAAUAUGAGAAGUAAGCAAAACUAAAAUUACCACCUAAAAUUAUUUUAAAUAUGAUAAAUAAAUAAAAUUACUAACUAAAAUUAUAAAAAACAUAACAAAUUAUAAAUAAUUAUGGAGGAUAUGAAAAAUAAGCAAAAAUCAAUGAUAAAUAAGCAAAAAUUACCUAUAAUCAAGGAGAAGAAGACAACUAAGGAAAAUCACUUCAUAAAUAAUAGUAUAGAUCUAACAUAAAUAUAGAAAUGUGAAAAAUACUUAACGAUUUUAUAAAUGUGAUGGCUCGUCGCAAGAGUCUCCUUUUUGUCUGUUUUGGAGAAAUGCUGAUCGAUUUUGUACCAACAACAUGCAGACUAUCAUUGGCCCAAUCACCAGCUUUCAAAAAAGGCUACAUGGGGUUCACUUGCAGAUGUAGCUAUAGCCUAUAGGUAUCACUCGUGUUGGUGGUUCAUUAGCUUUCAUUGGGAAGGUGAGACCAAACCUGUAUUUCACGUUUUGAUAUUAAAAACUGUGUUUUUUUUUCUUGAGGCUAUGUGAAUGUAUACAUACAUGUGGGUGAAGAUGAAUUUGGUUUUAUGCUUGCAAAGUUGCAAGUAUAUAUUCUAAAUGAAAUUAGGGUGAACAAUGAAGUAGGAGACAAGUAAAUAUACAGUUAUGCAUCACACUCACACCAAAACAACUUGGGAAUUUUAAUGCCUAAUUUUAUAAACUCUUAAAAUUUCAAAAUUCUAUAAGAAUACUUGUAAAUCUUCCAAAGAUGUUUUGAAGAUUAAUAAAGCUUUAUAAAUUAUUUUAUAAACCUUUAUCAAUUAUUUAAAACUCUUGCAAAUGAUUUAUUAACCUUUAUAAAUAAUAGAUCAACUCUUAUAAAUGUAUAUAUACCUUAUAAAUGGUUUAUAAACCCUAAUAAGUUAUUUAUAAACACUUAUAAAUGACUUUUAAACUGUUAUGAAUAAUUUAUAAAUCCUUUUAAAAUGAUUUUAUAUACACGUAUAAAAGUUUUAAAAUCUAUUUCAUAAAGUUUAUCAACAUUCUAUAAGAUAAUUCAAAUAUAAUUCAGAUAAUCAGAAUAUUUCGGGUAUUUUUCAUGUAUUCGGGUCAGAUUUUGAGUAAAAUUUCGGAUAUUUUUGGGUAUCUAUAUAUUUUUAAGUUCUUUUUGUGUGUUUUGGGUAUUUUUUGGGCUGGACUCGACAUGAGCCGAACCGAACCCGACCCAGAAUCAAACCGAAUCCGAACUGAUAAAUUCUAAUUACCUUAUUGGGCUCAACUAUAUAAGACUCGAACCGAUCCAGACCUGUCAUGACCCAAACUGAACCCAAGCCGACAAAUUCUUAUUACCCUAUUAAGUCUAAAUAUGUAAGACUCGAAGGACCCGGAUCCGACAAGACCCAACCUGUACCCGACCCGAGAACCCAAAUGCCUAGGCCUAAUGGUCACAAUAUAUUAUUGGAAAAUUAUAAGGUUAAUAUAAAAUAUAUUUAAUAAAAUUUCUGAAAUUCGGUUCAAUUUGAAAAAUCACAUAUGCAAAAGGUUGUUUUAACAUGUUUUAAUAGUACAUAUAUUUGACUAUAGUAGAAAUUCUAUAAAUUUAUACUUGAUAAAUUAAUAAGCACGAUAAAUUACUAUAUGUUCUCGGCCUAAUAAUGACACAAAUCGAUAAUACAAUAAAAAUAAUAUAAAGUUGAAUUAAAGUUUAAUUAAGGUAAAAUCAAUUAAUUUUAUUUUUAUAAAAAGUCGGUUCUAAAAUAGAAAAAAAAUCUAAAAACAAAUUUUUGUAAAUUAAUAACUCUAGAAAUUAAUAAAAUACCAUAGUCUCAACAUUAUUAUUUUAUAGUUUUUACUGUAUAUAAUUUGACUAUAGUAGAAAUUCUAUAAAUUUAUACUUGAUAAAUUAAUAAGCACGAUAAAUUACUAUAUGUUCUCGGCCUAACAAUGACACAAAUCGAUAAUACAAUAAAAAUAAUAUAAAGUUGAAUUAAAGUUUAAUUAAGGUAAAAAUAAUAUAAAGGUGAAUUAAAGUUUAAUUAAUAGUACAUAUAUUUGGCUAUAGUAGAAGUUCUAUAAAUUUAUACUUGAUAAAUUAAUAAGCACGAUAAAUUACUAUAUGUUCUCGGCCUAAUAAUGACACAAAUCGAUAAUACGAUAAAAAUAAUAUAAAGUUGAAUUAAAUUUUAAUUAAGGUAAAAAUAAUAUAAAGGUGAAUUAAAGUUUAAUUAAUAAUACAUAUAUUUGACUAUAGUAGAAAUUCUAUAAAUUUAUACUUGAUAAAUUAAUAAGCACGAUAAAUUACUAUAUGUUCUCGGCCUAACAAUGACACAAAUCGAUAAUAUAAUAAAAAUAAUAUAAAGUUGAAUUAAAGUUUAAUUAAUGUAAAAUCAAUUAAUUUUAUUUUUAUAAAAAGUCGGUUCUAAAAUAGAAAAAAAUCUAAAAGCAACUUUUUGUAAAUUAAUAACUCUAGAAAUUAAUUCCCAAUUAAUAAUAGUCCUAACAUUAUUAUUUUAUAGUUUUUACUGUAUAUAAUUUAGUCAUUCGUUUAAUGCAAGUAGAUAUUACUUUAAAUUUUUUAAAAAUAAAUACUAAACAUUAUUAAUUAGUUUGUUGGGAACCAAAAAUUAGAGUAGUAUUUGAGGAAGGUAAAAGAAAAUAGUCAACAAAUGGAAGAGUAUAUUGUGGUAAAAGAAAUGAGUCAACAAAUGGAAAAUUAUAUUAACAAAAAAAGAAAGUUGACUGCCAUUUAUGGUUCCAUAUCUUUCUUGUUAGGCAAUGGACAAAAGCUGAAACAUACAUUAACGUUAUAUAAAUACAUGUCAUGAAACCAUUUCUUUAAAUUAUUAUAUUUCAAUUGAGGGUUUUCUUUUGUUUCCGCUCAUUUUUUGCUGUGUGUUCUUCUUUUCUAGAAAAGCUUGAGAAGCUGCCAUUAAAUCCAUUCAACGUGAAGCUUCUCUCUGCUCUUUCCUUUCAUCAUCGCAGGUUUGCUUUGAUCCACGCGGCGUCGUUUACGCCCUUCAAUCUCUCACUUUCUUUAGUAUUUGAAUUUUCCGAGGCUUUGGUUUCUGAUUUCAAUCCUAGUUUUUUAUUUCCGAUCGAGAAAAUUCUUAUGAGAUUUUGUUCGGCAUAUCUGUUUUUUUUGUUUUCUGUUGCAGUUAUUGUAAAAUCUGGAGAUUUAGUUGAUAGAAGAAAUGAAUUUGAUUGGUCCUCUUGCAUUUUGAAAAAUAUCGAGUUUGUAGGGUUUAUUCUCAUUCUCAUUGCUUAUAAGUUAUAUGAUAUGUAGGUAUCGAUUUGAUUCAUGAAUUAGUUUGGUUCAUGCGAGUGAGUGAUUGAUUAGAUUCUCUUGUGUCUAUGUGCUGUGACUAUGAAUGACAUACAUUUGAUCAGAGUAUAUUACUGGUGGGAUGUGAUUCUAAUUUGUAUAUUCAAUCUCUAAUUUUCCUAGUUUGAAAGGGAGGCUUAAGCUGUAGAGUAAUGUUGGAGACUAGUAAUGAAGACUGUGGAUCAGGACAAUCAUCAGAGGAAGAGAAUUUAAAUAGACAAAGAAGAUAUUUAGAAGCACUUGCGGAGUGGCGUUCGUCUGAUCAAGUUGAGAAUGGGUUUCCUUCGACGUGGCCUCCCAACUGGGACAUUGAUGAUGGAUCAAAACAUUCUGAACUAUAUGGGAAACAUACUUGGAAGAUUGAGAAAUAUUCAGAAAUCAACAAACCUGAGCUCCGCAGUGAUGUUUUUGAUGCUGGGGGAUACAAAUGGUAUAUUUCAAUAUAUCCACAAGGGUCUGAUGUUUGCAACUAUCCCGCUUUGCUUCUCUGUCUUGCAAACCAUGCAGAAAUUCCUCCGGGCUGCAGUCAUUUUGUUCAGUAUACUUUAGCUCUUGUGAAUAAAGAUCCAAAGAAAUCGAUAUAUUUUGAUUCACUAAACAGGUUAAAAAAGCUGGAGCAUUACUGGGACUGGGAUAAGCUUAUAGAGUUACCUAAAUUACAGGAAGGGUACAUUGAUGAUUUGGACUCUCUUAUCAUUAAAGCUCAAGUUCAGGUGAUCAGAGAGAAAAUCGACAGACCUUUCCGCUGCCUUUCUAGUCAGUACAGGAGGGAACUUCUUAGGGUAUAUUUGCCAUAUGUAGAGAACAUUUGCUGGCAGUUUAUGGAAGUGGAAAGAAUCAAACUUUUUAACCUGAUGCAAGACAAUGAAAAAUGGGAAAGCUUUAGUUCCUUCUGGUUACGGCUGGACCAAAACACAAGGCGUAAGAUGUCUCGAGAAAAAAUGGAUGUGGUUCUAAAUAUAGCUGCAAAAUUCUUCUUUGUCUUGAGGCAAGGUACAUCCACUUUGAUGAUGGAUUCCUUGUACAGUGGGUGGAAGACUAUUGAAGACGAAACUAAGAAGAAGAAAAAUAGGCAGAGACAAAUGGAUAACGUAGAAUUGCCAGCAGGCCCCGCUCCAAUUGUUAGUGUGGACCAAGACAUGUUUGUAUUAGUGGAUGAUCUGUUAGUACUCAUGAAGAGGACUGUUAUGGCGCCAUUGUCUAUAAAAGAGGAAAAUGGUUCUCAAAACCCUUCGAAGGUGUGGGAUUUUGGAGAGGAAUACAGUGAAGAAGCCAUAGUGCGUGAUGAGAGUCGUUUAACUGAGGUUGGUAGGCGGACUAUGGAGAUGCUUGUUCUUACACAUAUAUACGGCAGCAAGGUUGAAGUUGCAUACAAAGAACAUACUGCAUGGGAAAUGCAAGAAGAACUUAUUCGCGAAGAAGAGGAAGAGUGGCUGGCAGAAAGCAAACACAAGGCAAAAAGAGGAACAACCGAAAAAGAGAGAAAAUCUAAGAAGAAACAGGCGAAAAAGAAGAAGAACAACAAAAAGGAGAAAAGGAAAGAAGAGAAAGCGAGAUCCCAAACGGAAGAAAGGGAUACUGAGGAAGAGGAAAGUGUGAGAGUGAAAACAGAAUCACCAGCUGAGAAACCUGACACACUUGGAGAGAGCAUGCCUGUUCCUUGUGAAUUAGAUGCCCCUGAGAUUCACAAUCCCCCAUCAGAAAACACUAGUGGAGGCAGAGGAAGAAGCAGUUCCAUAUCAAUCCCUAGUGGAGGCAGUUCCAUAUCUAUCCCUAGUGGAGUUGCAGAAAGAAAGUAUACCUCAGUUUAUUCUGAUGAAUCUGUCCGAUCAUACAAAGGGAAUGUUUCAAACAGGCAAAACAAGAUUUGGCGUAUAAAAGGAAAAACGCAACCAAGAAACGUAUCUGGUGCCAACAGCUCAGCCACUGAAACAGAGAACCAACCUUCAAGACAUGCAUCGAACCCUAAGAGUCAAAGCCAUUCUUCUGAGACACGCAGAGUUGGUGAAGCUGCCGUGGUUAUCUCUCCCAUCCAGGAAGCACAGAACCCUAGGGAGCAUCAUCCUGUUACCAAGGAUGGUGGCACGGUUUUGACGCAAGAGAAAAGCCCUGCUGUGUUUUCCCCACCCAAAGCUUCUCCCUGGAAUCUCCCAUCUGCGAGGUCACCUUUGUCAGAUCAACAAGCAUCACAAUCUCGAGAUAUUGAGUUCCAAACUGUGGGUUCUAGAGCCGCUCUACAGAAUACUACUUCCCCAAUACCUCCUUCUAUGUCAACAAGGCCUUUGCGUGCUCCUACAUUCCUUCGAAAGCCAGCUGCACCUCGAACCUCAGCAACGUCCUUUGCUCGUUCAAUGAGCUCAACAGGCCCUGUAAGUGCCCCGACACAUACUCAAACUUAUAUUCCUCAAUCCUAUAAAAACGCCGUAGUUGGUUCCGACCACUCAAGCUCUCAGUCGACGGGAACAAGCGCAUUGCUCUCAAUAUCUAAUCACUCUGGCUUCCCUAUCAACGUUGCCUCGGCGGAGGUUCCGUGGACUGGUGGUUCAAGCUCAAGCAGAGAUACAAGUGCAACAAAUAUCAGCGGGAAUCAUAGAAUGAACCCUGUAAGUACUAGCAUGAGGCAAAACGAUGCUCAGAUUAGGAGACCAGCACAGAGUCUGAUGACCGAUGAGUUCCCUCAUCUCGGUAUCAUCAAUGAUCUGCUCGAAGAAGAACCUGUUUUGAUGGACGCAACUAGCGGAUACCGUUUGCCACAAUGGUUGAGCGACGUGUACUCAUAUCUUGCGGAUGUGGGGAUCUCUGGCAGGUAUAGGAGUUACAGUGAACACAUGUCAGGUUCAUCAUCUUCUUCUUCUUCUUUUUCGUUGUAUGGGAACGGCCAGAGUGCGAAUAUGGCUACGAGGAGCCAGAACGAUGCAUUCUACUUACCCUACCUUUGACGUAGACUCAUCAAACCCGAACUUGUCAACUCCAAUCAAUGGCUACUGAGUUUUUGUGUUGGAGUGGCAGGUAUGCAUGCAUUUAUAUCUUAUACAUAUGAAGAUGGAAAGAAAACUAAAAGAAAACAAUUAUGUUAUGUUAAUUUUCGUCCUCUUCGUUUCAAAUGAACUCUCUAUACAUUUUUAAAAAUAAUACAGUAAUAAUUAUGUCUCUUUUUA